AGCAGGAAGAUCUGCAGCAGCCAAGUGAACAACCUGCACAAGAGUCUGGACAGAAAAACAGAAAUCAGAAAACAACGCUCAGCGGUAAAAUGGAGGACACAAAUAAGGAGUAACAGCAUACCAGCUCGACUUUUGACAACCAACACCAGCCUCCUCUCUCAUACCACCUGUUCGGUGUCACACAGCAGACAUGGGCACCUGUUCCCAGCAGCAGGUCCCAGAGAUGGGUGAAGAUGCAGUGACGUCCGUCGGUCCGCCUCCCCCGCCCCCCACCAUGACAGAUGAAGAGCGGCGGGAACUACAGGAAGAGUUGCUCAAGGUUGAGGAUGAGGUCCAGACUCUCACCCAGGUGCUGGCGGCCAAGGAGAAGCAGUUGGCGGACAUUAAGAGGAAGCUGGGCAUCACAACGCUCAAUGAGCUGAAACAAAACAUCUCCAAAACCUGGCAGGAUGUCACCACCUCCUCCGCCUAUAGAAGGACCUCUGAAACUCUGUCUCAGGCGAGUCUGAAGGCCACGGCAGCAUUCUCCAAUGUGGGCUCAGCCAUCAGCAAGAAGCUGGAGGAUGUCAGGAAGGCACAAACUUUCAAGUCAAUUGAGGAGAAAGUGGAGACUUUGAAGACCAAGAUAAGUCCAUCACCGUCCACCACUAACCCUGGCAACCUGGACGAAGGCAGUCUGACCGCCACCGAGUCUUUGCUCAGUCCGCCCGAAGGCUCGCCUGCCCAGGACACGCCGAUGAACUGAGACCUGCAUAACCCCUCUUGACCUCCCCGCCGCCCCUCCACACUUGACCCUCUAACCCCUGGAUCGUCAACCCUCGCCCCCUAAACUUUUGUGUGACAGUCUCCCUUUAUUGGAAAGAAACGACUUACCCCACCCUCUCUUGUGAUCUAAUUGUUCCGGCCAUUUUUUUGUCUGACACGCGCGCUCACGUCUUAACUGGUGUGGAAACUGAACGCAUGGGAUGUCGGGCAUGUGGUCUCGUGCCGAUUGAAUAUUUUUUCGAGUCUGCUCUGGCUCGCUGUGGGAGGAAUCUCCCCCCGCCGUAUGGCUUUCCUCUUCCUCCUGCACUCCUUAUCUCUCUGCCUUUUGUCUAACCGUCAAAGCUCAGAUGCCAAAUGUGCUCCUAGUUUAUUUUCUCUUCGUCAAAUUAACACUGUUUCACGUGUUGUGUUCGUUUGAGUGUAGAAAAUUGCACUAAUACAGAACGACUUACACUUAUGAAGUUGAUUAGAGAAGGAUUUACACUUUAAAGCUUUUCUCUUUCCAUGUUAGCCAGGGAGUUGUUGGCUUAUUGCUUCUGCAUGGCCCUUGUUGUAUACUGGAGUUAUUAUUAUUAAUAUUAGCACUUGUUUUGCCUCUGUUUUGGGGCCAUUGUUGGUUUACUGAAGGUUUACACUGUGGGGCCAAUCCGAUGUCCGUUUUCUUCAUUAUAUUCAUAUCAGGACACCACACAAUCGUAAAAUAGUUUUAACACUGUGUUCAGAACAUGAAUGUAUGCCUUUUUGUGUCAUGUAUGUUCAACCCGUUGGUGAACUACUGAUUCGGAGUCUCACGACUCCAAAGCUGGUAUUUCGAAAAACACACUUUGAGAAUAAAAAAAAAACCCAUCCCCUA